AUCUUCCUUCCUUCUUUCUCUGCGAUCUUUUAUCUCCCUCUUUGUUAUUCUGAAAAACUUUCUUUCCUCUGUGUUCCAUGGAAAAAAGUAGAUUCAUUCUUCUGCCCAAUUUCAGUGACGGAAAUCCCUCAGAAAUUUGCUCUGCGAACAAAAAGAUGCCAUGGAGUAAAAUUGUAUGAUACAAAUGGAAGCUAGCAUCAGUGGAAGCUCUUCUCCAACCCAUCCUAAAUGGAGAAAAGUUGUUUAUGGUGGGAUGCAACCUGGCUUUGGUGACAAUCACACAGAUGAAUCCUUCCUGGAGGAAAUGAUCAUGAAUGCUAAUGUUGUCAAAAGAGACUUAUUGAAGGUGGUGCUUGACGCAGUUUCUAUCUCACAAUAUCUUUGCAUUGUCGCCCUUGUGGUUUUGGUUUGGACCUACACCCUCACAAAUACCUUGACAGAAAAAUAUCUUUUGCUACUGAAUGUUAGCCUACUUGGAUCGGGAUUCUUUAUUCUGCUUUUAACGGCAGACAUGAUACCCUUCAAUCUCCUCCUCAAUUAUCUCCUAAAGAAUACCUUCUUCAUAACUGCCUUAUAUAUGUUGUCUCCUAUCUACCACACACUUACUAGGUCCAUAAGCUCGAAUUCUAUAUGGGCACUAACAGCUUCCCUUCUCAUACUCCAUCUCUUCCUGCACAAUUACUCCGGGUCCACUGUAAAGGCUCCUGGAGCUUUAGAUAAUCCAACCCUGACAAGCAAUAUCUCUCUGAAUGCUUCGAUCGUGGCUUCACUUCUAAUUUCUUCUCGCCUUCCAUCAAGGCUUCACGUCUUUGCUAUCGUGCUAUUCUCCUUGCAAGUUUUCCUCUUUGCUCCUUUAGUCACAUAUUGUGUGAAGAAGCGUUCUUUCAAGUUACAUAUUUGUUUCUCUCUUCAGUUAUUGGUUCUGACACUAGUCUUCACUUACCAGUUGCAUAAGCUGCUUUUCAUUGUGCUUUUGGGCAUCUUUGUCUUUGUUAAUUUGGUUUGUCCUUACUGGCUGAUAAGGAUUCAAGAGUACAAGUUUGAGAUUAAUGGCCCUUGGGAUGAGGCUAAGCUCUGUUUUAACAUUACAGAAUGAGCACGUUAUAUCUUAAGCAUCUCCUUUCGUUAAAGCUUCUUGUCUCUUUUAAAUUAUUGAUUUGACUAGUCAUGUAGUUACGCUAUGUGAAUUAUUUGUUUGAUAGAUUUGUGGUUGGAUGAAAUGUGAUUCAAGAAGAGCAAUAUUUGAGUUACACAAUCAAUUUUUACCA